GCCGGCCACCUGUUCCAGCCCAGCGGCUGGUCCAUCUACUGCAGCCGGGCACCCGGGAACGUGCACUGCGUGGCAUUGCUGGCGUCGGUCCGCUCCCCGGACCCCGUCACCGCCGCCCACCGCGCCGCGCUCAUAUCGCUGGCGGCGGACGUGGCGUGGGUGCUCUUCCUGCACCGCCUGCCAAGGCGCCUGGCGCAGCACCUGCGGAAGGCAGCAGGGACAGGUGCAAGGGCAGCAGCAGGAGGCGGAAGAGGCGGCGGAGGUGGUCCGCAGGGUCGGUUGCGUCGGGCCAUGGUUCAGUCGCUGCGGCGCUGGUCCACCCACGGGCUGGAGCGGCUGCUGCUGGAGCUGGUGGUGUGGUACCAGUUCCUGCGGGGACAGCAGCAGGGGGGACAGCAGGGGGAGGGGGGAGAGGACCAGCAGCAAGAAGAAGAGCAGGAGCAGCAGCAGGC